GCAUCCAGACCGCUUCCGAAGCGCAAGAUCUUUCCCUUCCUUCAGCUACCUGCAGAGAUCCGUAACAUGAUCUACAACUAUGCGCUCACGGAUCCCUCUGGCAUCAAGUUCGUUGCGGUUCAGCGCAACAAGCGUCGCUGUGUAGAGCGCGUGUCGAACAAGACAUUCGACUCCGUCGGUACAGGAUCCUACUAUCAGUCGCACAGAAUCAACGACGACGCGGACGAACAACCUACAUCUCUGGUUCCUUCGCUUCUCGCAGUCAACAAGCAGAUCCACCAAGAAGGCUGUGAUAUCUUAUAUGGCAACGAACUCGUCUUUGCCGACACCAUUGCACUUUACGCAUUCAUGAUCAACCUUGGUCCUGGCAGCGCUUUGCACCUCAAGACCAUGCGCCUCAAAGGUUGGGGCUUUGGCCGCACAUCGAAAGCAUACAACAAUGCUUGCUUCGCUGUCCUCAUCUGGGCUACCAACAUCGAGAAGUUCUACAUCGACGCCAACAUCGGUUGGUACCGUCAGCCCAAGAACGCCGCUCAGCAGAUCUACCGCAAUGCAUUCCCGUGGCUCGAAGCCGUUGGACAUGCGAAGGGCAAGUUCGAUGCGGCUCUAGACGUUCUGGACAUUGCUGAUGAGAGCUUGGCUCGAGGCUACUAUGGCAAAUCUCAAGACACAUCGGAUGCACACAGACGCAAGAUGUUCAACGACGAACUGAGCCGGAACCUUGGGCUGCAACAGAAGCGUGCCACGGCUAAGUCGGUUAAAAGAAGGAAGAUCUCGAAGGUCAACGCCGAGUCCUAA